UGAGUGUGUGUGUGUAUGAAUGUGAGUGUGCAUGAAUGUGAGUGUGCAUGAUGAGUCCGUAUGUGUGUGUGUAACCCCUGCACAUUUUCUUGGAGGGCUAUUUUUCGUGUGUUUUGGAUCUAUGGCAUGCAUCUAGAUCGGGCUGGAUCCUCUGGGGGGGCAACAAUGUGGGUUACUGGGAAGGGGAAACCGACAGGACCCUGAGGCAUUUGUAGAUGUGCUUCCCGACCGCCUCAGUCGUCUGAGAAGGUCAGACCUCCCUGUGGCACGCUUGGGCCGCUGGCACUAAGAUGUCCCUCAGUAGUGGCACUGCAGGCGGGAAAGGUGUGGACUCGAAUGCGGUGGACACUUACGACAGCGGGGAUGAGUGGGAUAUUGGCGUAGGAAACCUGAUUAUUGACCUCGACGCCGACUUAGAGAAAGACAAGCUUGAGAUGUCUGGCACCAAGGACGGGGACGGGAUGGCUACUGCCUCGAGCGCCGUAGCGGCAUUGCCUGACAACAUUAAGUUCAUUAACCCGGUGCCUCCUCCUCCGAUCAAGGACAGCAAAUCCAAAGCUAAGCGUAGCAAGAAUUCCAAGGACAGUAGCAAGUCCUCGACCCCUGAUGGGGGCAAGAAGGACGCCCAAGGACGGACUCAAAAUGAGGGCACUGGGGCAACCGCAGGAAGCGGUUCCACGACCUUACCUUCUGGGAAAGGCUCUGAUAAAAGUAACAAGGCCUCCCGUAAUGUUCAGAGUGGGAAAAAGGACAAGGACGGAUCAGGGAAAAGCAAGAAGGAGAAAAACGAAGGGGUACAAGUUGGGAACGUGCCCUUGGAUAAGGACCCAUCGGCCCAGGUUAUGCCUUUAGGCCAGGCACGCAAUACCCCAUUUGAGGGGACGCAAAAUUCGAACCUCGGUGGUGCUGAUCAACUAGGGAAUAUUACCCUUGAGACCAGUGGAAUAGUCACACCUUUGGCUAUCAAGAGCGAACCAGAAGAAGUGGAAAAUAAUGACUGCAGGAGCAUGAAGAAAGUAAAAAGUGAGAAGAUGGAGUCUCCGGUGUCCACGCCGGCACCGCCAGCGCUGCACCUCCUCGCGCCGGUCCUCAGCGCCGACGUGUCGUCCUCGUGCGAGCAGAUCAUGGUCCGCACGCGCUCCGUGGCCGUCAACACCUCUGACGUGGCCCUGGCCACCGAGCCCGAGUGUCUGGGUCCCUGUGAACCGGGAACCAGCGUCAACCUGGAGGGCAUCGUCUGGCAGGAGACGGAAGACGGUAUGCUGGUUGUAAAUGUUACCUGGAGGAACAAGACGUAUGUGGGCACCCUGUUAGACUGCACUCGACAUGACUGGGCUCCUCCACGGUUCUGUGAGUCACCCACAAGUGACCUGGAGAUGAGGAAUGGGCGUGGACGGGGUAAAAGAAUGAGGCCCAAUAGCAAUACGCCAGUAAAUGAAAACAGUAACUCUUCUGAUAACAAAGGCAGCAACAACAGCAAGACUCGAGCCGCGUCGAACAGCAAAGGGCGACGGGGCAGUCAGAAUUCCUCUGAGCGGCGAACCCCACCAAACAGCAACCCUGAGGAUAUAAAGGCUAGUCCUUCAUCUGCUAACAAACGCAAGAACAAACCUGCCUCAGACAUGGAGCCCAAUUCUAGUUCUGAGGAUACUAAGGGUAGCAAACGAAUGCGAACCAAUUCGAAUAGUGGAAUACCUCAUACUAUUCUUCCCCUGUCCAACAUCAAAGCUGAAUCCUUGCCCCCUUCUUUAGAUCGCAGCUGCCCCUCACCGGUUCUCAUUGAUUGCCCCCAUCCCAACUGCAACAAGAAAUACAAGCACAUUAAUGGACUUAAAUAUCACCAGGCUCGUGCUCACAAUGAUGAUGAUAUCAAGCUGGACAUAGAUGGUGAUAGUGAGUAUGGUGAGGACUCCACUUUGCACCCCGAGUCAGGUAGUUGCAAUGGUGCAUCCAUUUCCCAGAAGGGUUGUGCGUCUCCUGCAAGGUCGAACACACCCAAAGGUAGAGGAUUUGAUGCCCAGAGCCAAUCACCCUCAUCAGGAAAGUUCAGCUCGAAGCAGCCUGGCAAGAAGAAACCAGAAACUGAGCAUGACUCUGUUGUACCCAUGGAUGGCGGUGAGGAUGGCCCAUGUCUUACAGAUGAGACGAGCAAUGAUGGCAUUGAUGAUAAAAGAGGCUUGGAUAAAGCUAAGAAGUCUGGGAGUAGUACCAAGGCAGAAAAACUUGCUCAGAAGGCAAUGAAGUCCGCAAGACCCCUGGUUCCCUCUUUACCUCCACAGCAAUUGUACAACUUACCAACCUCUGGCUUCCCUGCUCCCAAUUCUGGCUCGUCCGCCAGUAUGGGCUCUCUGGUCCAGGCCAUUAGCAAGAGCCCCCAACUAAAGUCCAUUCAACCCAAACCUGCAGUAAUUGGAGAUCCCUCAAUCAACCCAGUCUUGAGUGGUUCUAAGGACAAGAAAAAGAAAGAUAAGAAAAAGAAGGAGGGCAGUAAGGAAGGAGACAGUCCAAAAGCCCCUUCUAAAGGAGGGAAACCUGAAGAAGGUAAGAGCCCAUAUUCUGAAAGCUCAGACCAAGGCAGUAAGAGUGAGGGACUGUUAAAUGGAUCCACGGAUCCACAUCAAAGUCGGCUAGCCAGCAUGAAAGCAGAGGCGGACAAAAUCUACAGUUUUUCGGACAAUUCCCCCAGUCCUUCUAUUGGCGUGGCUAGUCGGAUAGAAAGUGGUGGGAUGGCACAGCCUCUUACUCCACUGCAUGUGGUUACCCAAAAUGGGGCAGAUAACUCUUCUGUGAAGACCAAUAGCCCAGCAUACUCUGACAUCUCAGAUGCAGGGGAGGAUGGUGAGGGCAAAGUGGAUGGUAUAAAGGUCAAGUCUGAGGAUCAGGCAGUUCGGGAAGGUGCCAAGAAAUCUCUAUUCCCAUCCCAACCACCAAACAAAGACCCCUCUUAUUAUCCAGGUUACGAUACAUAUUACUCACCCAAUUAUAGCAACCCAAACCCCAGUCCAGGAGUCUCUAACCCUCCCAACACGUUGCAAGAUGUUGCAGUGAAGGUGAAAAAAGAGGAGGAACCGGAACCAGGGAUUGACAAGGGCAAAUCAGAGCCGCUUGAAGAACGAAAGCCAGAUAUAGGUGUACCCUCUCAACAGCAACAGCAACCACAACAGCAGCCUUCGGUCAUUCAACAGCGUACCAGCAUGUUCAUGCAGCCCCUCUAUUACAAUCAGUAUGCUUAUGUACCUCCCUUUGGCUAUUCACCAGAUCAGACCUAUCAUAACCACCUGAUGAACACAAGUCCAGCUUACAGGCAACAGUGUGAGGACAGACAACGACAAGCUGCUGAGCAGCAUCGUGUUGCAGAGAAGAAAUCAGAGGCUGCUCAGAAGGAUAGAGAAGCCUCCAUUAAGCAAGAAGAAUGGAAGCAGAAAGCUUCGGUUCCUCCAACAUUGUCUAAGGCGCCAAGCAUCUCAGACUUGGGCAAGCCGUCCCAGCAGAGCAAGCCCAAAGAUCUCUCAGAGCCUGGCAAGUCAGUCAUUAUCCCCAAAGGGGAAGAUGGCAAGGGACAGACCCAGCAAGGUGAGGGUUUGAAAAUGAAGCUAAGUGAAGCUGGCCAUCAUACAAAGGAUGAGCAGAAAUCAGGCCUCGAGUCUGGAAGAUCGGCUAUGGAGCAGGCAAUGUACAUGUAUAGACAGGAGCCAGACUCUCGACUGUGGCCCUACGUUUACCCCAGCAAGUACCCUGAUGCUCAGAAACAGAUUGAUGAGGAGAGGUGGAAGGAAGAGCGAGAACGGGAUCGUGAGCGAGAAAAGGACCGAGAUCGGGACAGAGACCGUGAGAGAGACCGGAAGGGCAAAGAUGAAAGGUCACGUCAUAAAGACACUCCCUCUAAAGAGGAAAAUAAGGAAGUGGCAGAACCACGAACUUCAUCAGCCCCAGAGGAGCAUAGAGGAGUUAGCAAAGAUCCACGAGCACAUAUGCAGUUUUCCUCACCUCUGCCGCAGCACCAGUCAUAUAUGUCUUAUAUGCACGGAUACCCCUAUGGUCAAGGUUAUGACACCGGCCAUCCAGGAUACAGGGGGAUGCCUGCUGUAAUGAUGCAGAAUUACCCUGGAUCGUACCUGUCGCCAGGUUACCCUUUUUCUCCAUAUGGCAGUAAGAUGCCCCCUGGUGAGGAGGGUGAGAAGGCUCGUGCCAGUCCUACGGUGAGCGGCAAGUCUGCGUCUGACUCCAAAGCCCUGGACAUCUUGCAUCAGCAUGCUAACCAGUACAAGAGCAAAUCGCCCACAGUGGGUGAAAAGAUGCCCCACGAAAGAGACCGAAGUGGGAGUGACCGAGAAAGAGACGGUGAACGUCCAAGAUCUUCACCUUCUCAGCGGAUCAUGCCUUCCCACCAUCAUCUAGGCUAUCCACUACUCCCAGGACAGUACGACCUGUCUUAUGCUACAGGUAUCUCCUCUUCAGCCAUUGUUGCAAGUCAACAAGCCUCUGCCCCUUCACUAUACCCCCCCGCACGGAGGUGAGAAUGGGAGAAGUGACUAGCCGCUUUUCUGCAGAAAUGUGACUGGUUCACAUGAGGACAUGGUGUGGAGGAGCUUAUGACAUCAGUUCAAUGAUGUUCCUGAUUUCCUUAUGGUUCUUUUCCCCCGGACUUCUUCUCGGUCGCCUUCAGACGGGAGAAAAAGCAGAUCCAUACGCCUCCCUCUCUGUGCUGCUGGAAACAUACUCAGGAGAGAGGAGACACGCACAAUGCGGAAAACACACACGGACCUACAGAGUGUGGGAAAUCUUCAAUGAAUGCAAAGACAUUCCUGGAAGUCACUACAUUGUGUUUAAAGCGUGGAGUGCGGAUGUUCUGGACUGCUGCUCUAGAGCCAUAAGGAUUAUUGUCGUUUUCCCCCCCGAAGGAUUCCAGCAUCUUCAUCUUCACACAUCUCUUCGUGGACACUAUGCAAGUGGAUAAAGCUUGAUUUCCUCACUCAGUUCAUUCAGGGCAGUCCCGUUGCGAAGCCGUCGUUUCAACAUACUUGAGUUCCUUGUUCAACAGGCAGUUUUUAAUGCACUUCCCUGUCUUUGACGGUCAUUCUUUCUCGUUCCUUUUGAUCAUGAACAAAUAGCCCAAAGUCACUUUGGCCGUUUUGCAGCGCAAGGCAAAUGUUUUGUUCUCGAACGGGCGACGGGGCUUCGCAUCGGUCGUUAAAGGGAUGUUCACCCUAAAAUGAAAAUUAGCCCAUGGUUUACUCGCCCUCAAGCCAUCCUAGGUGUUUAUGACAUUCUUCUUUUCAGACGAAUACAAUCGAAGUUAUAUUAUUAAAUAAUAUAGCUCUUCCAAGCUUUAUAAUGGCCGUUUCUGUUUUGAAAAUCCAGGACGUUUUUAAUUUAUAACCCCAAUUGUGUUUGUCUGAAAGAAGAAUGUCAUAUACACCAAGGAUGACUUAAACCGUGGGCUAACUAUCGCUUUAAGCGAUGACCUGAUGUCGUUACAUGAUGGGCCUUCUGACGUUUGGAUGAUCCGGGUGGUGGAGGGUAGAUGGAGCAUUGACUUCCAGACUGGAUUUACGGAUUUUUUUUCCGGCUUGCGAUGAUUGACAGUUUUCAUUGAUAUGCUGCUUGCGGAUUGAAGUCCGAAACGGGGCAAACCUUGAAAGCUUAGAGCGAUUUGAGUAAGAUAACCCCAAAAGAGGCUUAGAUUUGGCCUCCAUCUUCUGGACUUCUUUAACCUUGGGUUGGGUCAGUUCUCACUGAUCCACAGACUCGGAAAACCACACCUGGAAAACACGCUUUCUUCUGGUUUUACCCAGCGCUCGGUAAAAGCAUUAACCCAAACAGAGAGCAAAGCAACUCCUUCCUUAUCUCCCUCACUAUGUGCUUUCUGUAUAUAUUGUACAAAGGAAUUAUUUUAAAAAACAGUUGUUGAAUGCUAUCGGAUUUUCUUACUAUCUCUCUCUCUCUCUUUUAUUUUAUUUUUUGUCUGUUAGCCUUUUUUUUCUACCAUUGUUGACAUGAUAUCAACGUUUAGCUGGUAUAACGGCUUUAUAUUGGAAGUGUUUUUGUUUUUUAACUACUUUUUCUACCCCUCCUCUUCAACACUCUUCAAGUCAGUCUCACUCUGCUUUGAAACUGUUUUAGAAGCACAUCUUUUUGCGCAAAAGUUUUAAUAUAACGUCACAGGAUUUUUAGUCCACACCCUUGCGAGACUUAAAAGCAAUGGCACGUCCAUAUGUCAAGAGGGAUUGAUGGGAACUGUGGGAACCCGAGUCUGGUGCUAGUCUUUCCAGUUCAUCAACAUGCAGUUAUUGUCUGAAUCGCAAUCUCUCAGGAGAGCAUUAUUAUUGAAAUCUGAGCCUUUUAAGUCAUCCUAGCAUGUUCAUCGCUCUCAGCCGCAUUGAAACUCGAUUAUUGAGCGGCACAGGGAAGAAGACAUUACUUAACGUAAGUCGUUUACAGCGGCUCCCCCCUCCCUUCAUGUUAAACGUGACCGUUUGUUUUUCAUCCUCAUCGUCAGCAAAUGUUUAGUAUCUGCAGGGUAUUGUGAUAUUUUCAAUGCCGCAACAUGCUAAAAAUCGCACAUUUUUUAUUGUUUGGCCAGAUUUUCUCCGCCGUUUUUAUUUCCUUCUCUCCGUGGUGAUGUAAAACAACAUUUUUUAUGCUGAUUUAGGACCAGCUUUCUCUAACUAAAAGCCUAAACGGUAACUUAAGUGAAACUGCAGCACUGGUCUCAAAACGCUCGCACUAAUACGAGAGAGUUAGGAUUUAUAUAUAUAUAGUAAUAAACUCACUUUUUAGUUGUUCUGUCUUUGCGCGUUUAGCCUGUGCUGUCUGGUGACUUGAUUCAUAAUUGUUGAGGAAAAAGCGCUUGAUUGUUUUUAAUUUAUUUUUGAGGGUUCUUCAUUUUGUUGUUGCUGUUGUUUUUUUCUAGUUCAUGUUUUCUCCUUUUAGAAAGAUGAAACGGCCGGUUUUGUUUCAACAGUUCAAACAUGUGUUCAGAUUUGUCUCCAACGGUGCUAAUAUAGCCUCCCUGUGUGAUCCUUAUGGGAAGAGAAGAGAAUUUGGUUUAUUUUCUCUUCAGUUUUCUGUUUUUAUUAGGCCCCUCCCACAACCCACAUCACUAAUUAAGCCCCACCCACCCCACGCCCAUAGAGAGCUGUGUCAGUCAUUGGUACUUGAAAGAAAGAUGUUUACACCUCUUCAUUUCUGUGUUUGGAUCCAUUUCUCUUUGUAAACCAUCGCGCACUCUCUCUCUCUCUCUCUCUCUCUCCCUGCCUUUCCUCACUGUCUCACUCUCUCUUCCUAGGGAUCUCUCAUGUAAAGUGUAAAUUGCUACAUUUUUUAUACAAUACUGUAACUUGCCUUUGUACAUUUAGGCAGAAAAUAAAUCUUUUUAUGAGACAAUCA